AUGACAACUUCAAUUAGCUCUAACGCUUUUGAUACAUCUACUGACAUGAAAGGGUUGCAUGUCAUAGAGUUUAUUACUAAUGACCAACCCUAUUCAACAGAAAAGUUACUAGAAAAGUUGCAAGAAUUUCAAGCAACUUUUCUUGAGGAUUUUGAAGACUACAAUGUUGGAUCAUCCAAAUUGCAUUCAUCUUACCAUCAUCGUUUUACGAGCUUUCCUUUUCUAGGAACUGAAAAGGAUAUAUUCCAAACGGAUGAUGGUUUACCUUGUGAUGAUGCUCAUUUCUUUGAUGAUGGAAUCAUCGAGACCGCUGCAGCCGUCGUUGCUGAGGAUUUAGAUGCCGACGCUGGCGAUGACGCUGAGAACGCGAUGAUUCGAUCAGCAAUAGAAAAGAUAAAAAAGGCGGCUGAAGAACAAGAGAAGCAGCUACGGUAUAAAGAAGAAGAGUUACAAGAACUCUACGAAACAUUUGCAGAAUUAGAAGAAGAAUUACACGAGGUUUCGUCGUAUGAUCAAUCUCAAGCAUUUAUCGGAUUCAGUAGAGCAAA